AAAGAAGGGAGAAGUUCAAAUUAAAUUAAACAUGGUUUCCUCUGGCAGCCCAAAAACAGAAACAAGACAUUUAAAUCAAUGUAUAGUUUAUUCAAGUUACGAUGCCUCAUACGUCAGUUGGUAAUUCAGCUUUAAAUAAAUAAAGACAAUUGUAAGUCGAAAACCACAGUUUUUUUUUUCUUCUUCAAUAAACUGAUUCUCGUCCGUGAACUAUCCACACCUCGCUCUCCUACUAUUGACGUGGAGUCCAGUUCCACGGUAUGGAAAAUUACACCACCAAUAAAAAGAGAUAAGGACAGCUGCAUUUUUAGGCUUUUAAUCGUGAGUAAACCGUCUCUGUUGCACUAGGGCUUGCCAAAAUCAACACAGUAAUCCAACACAUCCUGCAACACACACACGUAGCCUGCUGCUGCUUACGUUUCUCCACACACGUUUUUAAACUUGAGAAGCUGAGACUGCUAACUGCUAACACUUCACCCAAAGUGAUGGAAUGAUAUUUUUUUCCCACCACUUCCCUCCUUCUACGACGGGGAAUGACAAAGCUAUCGGUAAAAGACAGUUGAAGGGAAAACACCUGUAGGUUGUGAUGGACACCUUGACACAUGGCUGGACUGUGCGCACAGGGGACCAGAGAGGAGACGGUGAAGGUCUGUUAAAGCAGCAAGUCAUUGAAAACAACUACACUACCAGCAUGCAUGUCCAGGAUCUAUUUCAUGAAGAUGCACAGCAAACGACCAAGCCUUGGUGGAAGAUUAAGCUGUUUGUGUGGGAGCCAGUGCUGUUUGGCACCUGGGAUGGAGUUUUCACCACCUGCAUGAUCAAUAUUUUUGGUGUGGUUUUAUUCCUGCGCUCUGGCUACCUGGUGGGGAACACUGGUGUUCUACUCGGGAUGCUGCUGGUUUCACUGGUUGUGCUGGUUGCAUUAGUGACAGUGAUGUCGGGGAUCGGUGUGGGCGAGCACUGUGGUUAUGGAGGUGGAGGAAUCUACUCCAUGAUUUCCACUGUCCUGGGCGCCAGGGUUGGCGGCACAAUGGGCCUCCUCUAUGUCUUUGGGCAGUGUGUGGCUGGAGCGAUGUACAUCACAGGUUUCUCUGAGUCUGUGGCUGAUCUCCUGGGACUCCAGACUCAGUGGGCUGUACGUGGCAUGUCGGCAGCAGUGCUGCUGGCUCUGCUGGGAAUAAACCUGGCGGGUGUCAAGUGGAUUGUCCGUCUGCAGCUGAUACUGCUGGCAGUUCUCGCUGUCUCAACACUGGACUUUGUCAUUGGGACUUUCACGCAUCUUGACCCAGACCAUGGGUUUACAGGUUAUUCAGCUGAGCUGCUCAGCAACAACUCCAAACCAGAUUACAGCACAGGAGAAAACUUCUUCACAGUAUUUGGUGUCUUCUUUCCUGCAGCUACAGGCGUAAUGUCAGGCUUCAACAUGAGCUCAGAUCUUCAACGGCCCGAACACAACAUCCCUGUGGGAACGCUGACAGCUGUCUUUACCUCGUGGUUCCUGUAUCUGGUCUUUGCCUUCCUCCUGGGGGCCAUUUGCAGUAGAGAGGCUCUGCGCUAUGACUUCUUGAUCGCAGAAAAGGUCUCCUUGGUGGGUUUCCUCUUUCUGCUGGGCCUCUACAUCUCCUCCCUGGCUUCCUGCAUGGGCGGCCUGUACGGAGCACCCAGGAUCCUCCAGUGCAUUGCCCAGGAGAGGGUCAUCCCUGCUCUGGCCUGUCUGGGAAAUGGGAAAGGUCCAAAUAAAACACCGGUUGCAGCAAUCUUCCUGACCAGUCUCCUGACCAUGGCCUUCAUCUUCAUUGGCCAAGUCAACGUCCUAGCUCCCAUCGUCACCAUCAACUUCAUGCUCACCUACAGCUUCAUUGACUACUCUUACUUCAGUGUGGCCAUGACCGUCCAGUUGCAGGACAAAGAGAUGAAGGAUGUCCUCUCUCUGUCCAGAAGCAAGCGACGUACGUCCACCAGCAGAACCAGACCUCUUAUUGACGUCCCUCUACCAAACUAUGGAAGUGGAGGCCAGAGUCCACACAAUAAAGGCACUUUAUCAGAGUUCACCAAGGACAUGAACCAGAUCUUCCCACCUUUAUCAGACGGAGAUACCGGUGCUGAGAAGACCCCCUCAGUGCACGAGUUGAGCGGCAGAGGCAAAAGCAGAAAGCCUACUGCGAAGCAGACACUGAUGGACAGCUUUGGUUUGGACCUCAACAGCAAUGUGUUCUCAGAGGAGGGAGGAGACCAGACGGGCCCAGUUCCAUCAUGUGACAAACCCGAUGUUCAGCCUGGAAGUGGAGUGGACGAAAUGUCCACAAAACCAUGCCCUGUAGAGCAGGGUUUUUCACAUCACCCUAAUAACAACAACAUCAACAACAACACAGGCGUUCACAGUAAAUCUGAGCCCCAAACAACAGACAUCAAACCCAUCCCUGAAUCGUUCUAUACAAAGUUCUGCAAUCACUGGAUUGCUCUCAUUGGGGCGCUGAGCUCUCUAAUGAUUAUGUUUGUCAUCCAGUGGGUCUAUGCCGUAGCAAACAUAGUCGUCGCCUUGUUACUUUUCUUUUACAUUGGAAAAGCAAGUCCUGGACUUCCCACAGGUACGGCAGCUCGAUUCAGCUUCUUCACAUGGCUGAAAUCCACAGUACAGAGUGUUUGCAGGGGUAAAGGAUCUCCCCAGGAAGAGAUCGUGGUGACACCCUCUAUCUCUGGAGUAGGACUGAAAACCAGACAGCUGACAGAGGAAAACGCUGACUUUGCCACACGCCACCGUUGUCACAAGUCUUCAUUUAUGGCAGGCAAAGAGAUGCAACCACAGUUCCCCUGAAAGUAUCGCAAACGCUGCCUCUGUUACACGUCACAUCGCUGACAGCUUGAAACCACAUUCUCUGCCUCAAACUCAUAACUUUCCCUCAGGUCGGACUCUGCCCUCACAUUUUCUCAGAAAGAGAUGUAGUCACUUUCACAAGGUGCUUGAAGCUAAUCGAAUGAUUUUCUGAAAGUGCAUUGAAGAGAAAAAGAAAGUGAUUUAGAUAAAUCUAACAGUUAUGUUUUCUCCCGUAGUUGUUCGAAGAAUGAGAACUAAUCAAUCAAUUAUGUCUUGUCGUACUUUGAGUAUGACUUAUAUGACUAUACAACAGUUAAAGUGCAUUUAUCUUUAUGUUUUCCCUUAUAUUUUGGUUCGAAUUUCUAAGGUUUUUCAUGUAGGCAAACUGAAACUGAGAAAUUAAAUACGGCUUUCAAGAUAAAUUUAGAAAAUAUUGAAAUAUAAAGAAAUUAAUUGUAUAAAGUGUUAAUUAUGAAAUAAUAAAAUAAUACAUUUAUUAGCUAACUUCUUUGAGGUUUUCCCAUAAUAAACUUAAAUUACAGACAGUAAUUUACCUAAGUUUUGAUGGAGAAAAGUAAAUAUAUGUCUCAGGAUCACCAGGAUAAAUAAUAUUGACAAUUAUCAAAAAAAUCUUCAAAGAAGAAAAAAUACAUCUUUUGUGCAGGGAAACUCUUCGGAUUAUGUUUAAUUCAUACAGAAAAUUAUGUGUAUUUAUGGCAAGGUUAUUAGGUCAGCAGCUAUUGGUUUAUAGUUGUUUCUUAAUUACAGUGUUCUAACACUGCAGUAUGUUUAUGGUUUCACCUUAUGUUCUUUUGUGUUGUGAUGCAUCUCCUAGUUUACAAUAUCGACUGCUGCACAUCAGUAACAAAGCUGUGAAAACCGCAGCCCUCGGUUGCUGUGUUAGCAACAGGCACAAACUGUUGCAGUAGACACCAGUACUAAGUUUCAGUCGUCAUUUACUUGUAAUUGUAAAAAAAAAUGACACCUCUGCUGUCAUUCGCGUUGGUUUGAUAACGUACACAUACUGACUAAAACAUUUCUAGUUAGUUCUCUGAGCUGUACUACAUAUUACUGACAACAGGGGGCGUUUGUUGAAUUACAGUUGCUUUGACAGUUGUAUUAUUAUAGUGUAGAAGUUUUUUUUUACUAGAACAUUCGUUAUGAAGGUAGUUUGAUGCCGUGAAGACAUUAUGUAUAUCUUUGGUACGAAUUAUAUUUUGAGGUACAAGUCUGAGAUGAUAGUCUGGUCAGAGUUCAGCGUUGGUGAAGAUUUGGCGUAAGAAAUAGGGUUCGGCUAGUUUUUUGGGUUGGGUAUUCCACUAAAAUAUUUGUAUGUAGUUUUCACAGUAACUGAGAGAUAUAUG